CAGACGGAGAUCAGAUUGCCGGGACUGGGAGCUGGGCAAAGUUAGGCUGUUCCAUUGUUUUCUUGGAAAGUGAGAGAAAGAAAGAAAGAAAAAGAGGCAGGAAUUUUGCUGAUCUGCGUCGAUCUAUGCAACCCUGGCUCGACGCUUCGAUUUCAAAAUUAUUGUUCGUUAACACCAAAAUUUAUUAUGAACUGGUUUGAUAAGCUUCGUUCUUCUUCCAAUCUCAGCCGCGUCAUUGCCGGCCUUCUCAUCUUCAUGCUCUACCAUUCUUUCCAGUUAAUUUCCAAUUUCUUGAUUCCUAUACACCCUUAAUUUCAGUUUCAUUCUUCGCAAUUUUUAUCAUCACACACCCAACCACAUCAAUUCAAUCAGUCAAGCGAGCAAUUUCUCUUCUGUUCCUACUUAUAUCGAUUUUGGGUUAUCUGCAUCUCUUCUCUCUCGCUUUAUCAAAUGGACGCCAACAUCUUAUCUCUUCACAAUCUGCUACUAGACGGUUCUUUUGCUUCAAAAUUUGAGAGUGAAAACAGUUCACUACCUACUGUCAUUAUAGUUGGAGGUGGUAUUUCAGGGCUUGCUGCUGCGCGACUCCUCCAUGAUGCAUCUUUUAAGGUAAUAUUGCUAGAAUCACGAGAUAGACUUGGUGGCCGUAUUCAUACUGACUAUUCGUUUGGUUAUCCGGUGGAUAUGGGAGCAUCAUGGCUACAUGGUGUCUGCAACGAGAAUCCUUUGGCUCCAAUCAUUCGCUCCUUGGGGCUCACACUGUACCGGACGAGUGGUGAUGACUCAGUAUUGUAUGACCAUGAUUUAGAGAGUUAUACUCUUUUUGAUAUGGAUGGACAUCAAGUUCCACAAAGGCUGGUCAAAGAAGUUGGAGAUAUAUUCAAGAAGAUUCUCAAAGAGACUGAGAGAGUAAGAGAUGCACAUGCCGAUGACAUGUCAAUUCUUCAGGCAAUUGGGCUUGUGUUAGAUAAGCAUCCUGAAUUAAGGCAAGAAGGACUUGCAUAUGAAGUACUGCAAUGGUACAUUUGUAGAAUGGAGGCAUGGUUUGCAGUAGACGCAGAUAUGAUAUCACUGAAAACAUGGGAUCAGGAGCAUGUUCUUUCUGGUGGUCAUGGACUUAUGGUGCAAGGUUAUGAUCAUAUAAUAAAGGCUCUUGCAAAAGACAUUGAUAUACGCUUGAAUCACAGGGUUACAAAAAUAUGCUAUGGGUCUAAUAAAGCCAUGGUCAUGGUUGAGGGAGGGAGGAACUUUGUAGCGGAUGCUGCAAUAGUCACGGUGCCCAUUGGGGUUCUCAAAGCCAAUUUAAUUCAGUUUGAACCCAAGUUGCCAAAAUGGAAAGUUGCUUCAAUUUCAGAUAUUGGUGUUGGCAGUGAAAAUAAGGUUGCAUUACAAUUUGAUAAAGUAUUUUGGCCAAAUGUGGAAUUCCUGGGCAUUGUUGCACCGACAUCUUAUGCUUGUGGUUAUUUUCUCAAUCUUCACAAGGCAACCGGGCAUCCUGUGCUUGUCUAUAUGGCUGCUGGUAGGUUUGCAUAUGAUCUGGAGAAGCUAUCUGAUGAGUCUUCUGCGAAUUUUGUGAUGUUACAGCUGAAGAAAAUGUUUCCUGACGCGACGGAGCCGGUACGUUAUCUUGUAUCGCGAUGGGGAACAGAUCCAAACUCACUUGGUUGUUAUGCGCAUGACGUGGUUGGAAAGCCAGAAGAUGUGUAUGAGAGGCUUGGUGCACCACUGGGAAAUCUUUUCUUUGGAGGGGAAGCGGUGAGCAUGGAGCACCAGGGUUCUGUGCAUGGAGCUUACUCUGCUGGCGUCAUGGCUGCUGUGAACUGUCAGAGGCAUGUACUAGGGAAACUUGGUAGGCUGGAUAAACUCCAGCUACUCCCUUUAAGAUCUGAAAUUGUUGAAGCUGCAUUUCCCCUCCAAAUCUCAAGGAUGUAAUGCAUUACUUUUAUGAAUUGAUUUUAUGGACUCGCCUUUGGGUUAUCCUUUGAUUUCCCUUUUUGUAUUGAGAUGGUUUUUAAAGAUGUUUGUAGCAGGUAGUAAGAAGUAGAAGCUAAUGGAGAAAAUAGCCUUCUUCGAAAACAAUGGCGGGUACACCAUCAAUGAGAAAUUGUUAUAAAAUCUGCCCCUGCAGAGUAGUUUUUAAAUAGAGUGACAAUUCCAUUCCUAGUACCCAGGGAUGGGAUGUAAACCAAAUUUAGUCCAAGAGUGCCGGGUUGUUAUUUAAAUUGAUGAGAUUAUUAAGCGUUUUCUUAAUUCAAGGGAUAUAUUUCCUAAGUUUAAAAUGA